CAGGUGCACAGAGCGGCCGCCUAGGCCGCUGAGAGCCGGCGGCUACGGCCAUAGAUAGGCGGAAGUGUGGGCAGAGUGUCCCGCCGGCAGGCAGCUCCCGUCGCUGCUAUGGCCUCCCGCGGGGGUCCCCGCGCCGCCGGUACUGAUGGCAGCGACUUCCAGCACCGGGAGCGGGUGGCCUCGCACUACCAGAUGAGCGUGACCCUCAAGUCGGAGAUCAAGAAGCUUAUCUACGCACACGUGGGGAUCUGGCUGCUUCUGCUGGCCCAGGUGUGCGUGGGGCACCUCAAGCUGCUGCCCCACGACCGUGUCGCCAUGCCCUACCAGUGGGAGUACCCCUACCUGCUCAGCAUCCUACCCUCCCUCCUCGGCCUGCUCUCCUUCCCCCGCAACAACAUCAGCUACCUGGUCCUCUCCAUGAUCAGCACUGGCCUCUUCUCCAUCGCUCCCCUCAUUUAUGGGGCCAUGGAGAUGUUCCCCAUGGCGCAGCAGCUCUACCGGCAUGGCAAAGCAUACCGCUUCAUCUUCGGCUUCUCGGCCGUCUCAGUCAUGUACCUGGUAGUGGUGGUGGCUGCCCAGGUGCAUGGCUGGCAGCUCUACUACAGCAAGAAGCUACUGGACUCCUGGUUCACCAGCACGCAGGAGAAGAAGAAGAAAUGAGUAGGGGGACGCCUGGGCUCCAUGAGGGCCAGAGUUCCGAAGCCGGGCCUUGUGGGGCGGCGCUGGCGCAGCUCCCGUGGGUGCGGGGUCAACAGGGAUCAAUGCGUGUGCCUGAGUCAUGCCACGGCUCUGUACUCGCGGGGGGCGGGUCCCCAGCCGUGGAGCGUCCCUGCCGCCCCCCCUCCCACGGGGCGCGGGUGUCCCUUCGCGUGUCGUUACCUGGAAAUAAAGUAUGCUACGCGCUCCCA